GGGACCUCGUUUCCCAACUCCCCCAUGUGACCCUAAUUUGUUUUUCUCUAACACACACACAAUACGUUGACAAAACUUUACCCAUUCUGAUUGCCCUUCUGGUUUUAGGUGGCAGAGAGGGUCAGGGCAUCAUCACCGAAAACCCCGUUUACUUUGCUUCCAAUAAACUAAAAGCAGAGGGACAACAAUCACUAGUGCGUGACUGGCGUAUUGCACAGAUAUUUCUGCGGAUCCCACCAAUGGUCUGCAAUUAAUUCCCGGCUUUAAUUUUCACACACUGUAAGGAAUCUGUUCACCGUAAUAAUUGGGAUGGGACCCAUUGUCCCAACUGCUUGAAAAAAAGGAAACCUUUGCAGAAACCCAAUAAAUAAUCUUGGUAUAACAGCAAGAAUACAGGCAUCGGAAAAAGAAAAACAGAGGGUUGAAAAUAAGAAUUGUAGGGCUGGGCUGCAUUCAUGGCUUUGGAAUCUCAAUUGCAUUGGUGUGGAAUAAGUAGUGGGGGCAACCUACAAUUUAGGUAAUGACUUGGUGCACAAUUCAAUGCACAUUCGGGCAUGAGGGUUGAUGGGUAAAGAGGUUGGCCCAUUGCCAGAAUCUCGGGCUUUAGGACUUGCUUUCAGUUUCUGUUGGGUGUGAUAAUAGUUGGAGGUGAGAAAAUGGCAGUCUCUAACGUUCUUAUUCCAGACACCACGGGUUACAGGAUGCGAAAUGUUUUGGGAGGGGAAAAUGGGAAUACUCUUCCCACAUUUCCUUUGUUGUUCGGGGUUGAAGACCUUCAGUUUCCUUAUGCUGUAACCCAUAGAUCUUCAGGGCAACUUCAACUUUAUACCCCAUUUCCUGUGGCAUCAUCAUCUCAUGUUCAUAAUGAUGAGAUUGAGAUUGCUUCUGCGUCUGGGCUUUACCAUCCAAAGAAGAAGCUCAGAGAACCUGAUUCAAGAACCCAAAUUCAUGUGGGCAAAUUCCUCCAAUCUCAACCGCCCCUGCCUAAUCCAACGCAAGUUUCUACUGGAUUGAGAUUGGCAUAUGAUGACGAUGAACAGCCUAAUUCCUCUGUUACAUCUGCCAGUGAAAACCUUGAUAACCUCAAUCUCCUGAGAUUCUUCGAUGAAGAUUUGAGCACAGAGAUGAACCGCCAGAAGAGCGAGUUUGAACGCUACAUGAGACUUGAGGAAGAGCAUUUGGCCCUGGCUCUCAAGGAAAUGAAACAGAGACACAUGACGUCAUUUCUUGGUGCCAUACAGAAGGGAUUAAGGCGCAAGAUAAGAGAGAAGGAUGUUGAAAUUGAGAAUGGCAAAAUGCAAACCAAGGAACUGAUGGAGAAAAUAAAACAACUAGCCCUUGAAGCUCAAGCAUGGCAUAACAGGGCCAAAUACAAUGAAGCAAUGGUGACUGCUCUCAGGACCAGUCUCCAGCAGGCAGUUGCCCACAGCAGAGAACAGAGCAAAGAGGGUUGUGGCGAUAGUGAGGUGGAUGAUGCAGCGUCUUCUCAUUAUGGGGAUAAUAACAACAUUUACAACAGUACCAACAAUGUUAUUAAUAGUAUGUCUGAUGUUCAUGUCCGCAUUGCAAAAGAGAACAAGGAGCUGAGAGAGAACAGGAGUUGCAGGAGUUGCAGGAGCAAUGAUGUUUCUAUUUUGCUCUUGCCUUGUAGACAUCUCUGUCUAUGCAGGGAAUGUGAGAGCACGCUUGAUGCAUGCCCCCUUUGCCACUCGCAAAAGAAUGCAAGUGUCCAAGUUUACAUGUCCUGAAGAAGAAGAUGAUGAUGAUGAUGAUGAUGAUGAUGGAGAAGCCUUCCUUUUGCCAAGCAUAAAAUCCAACGUUCUGGUUUUCAUCUAUCUGCCCUUUUUAUUACAAUUGUUGCCGCCUAGAAGAUUGGAAAAAGCCUCUGUAAGCUGCAAACAUUGUAAUAUUUUAAAGAUCCUCUUUUGCUA